AUGCCUGAGCCACGCGGUGGUCACAUGGCAACUUUGUAUAAUGAUAAAAUAUUUUUCGUUGGAGGUUCACGGCCUAUAUCUACGACCUCACCCGCAUGGAAUAAAACUCAUCAAUUCGAUCUAUCAGAUGAAGUGUUUUAUUUAGAUCUUUCGUCGCCAUUUACUGUUGAUUUACCUCCGUUCACGGAUCUUUCUGCAACUUCACGA